UCAUGUGAUCACGACGUCUCUCUUCAUGUCGUGAAGUUUAGAGUUGCAGACUCUUGUAGGUGUUCAUAAACGCCCAUCUGUUUAAUCCGGAAGUGCGAGGAGCCACUGAUCUAUACUGUAGUCUCAAUUUUUUUUAGCACAUUUACAAACGCAAUGGCACAAGUAGAAGUAAACAACGUGACUGUUUCUCAGGGGGUUCGUAUGCUGUUCAGUCUCAUGACUCCUAAUGAAUCAUCAUUCGCGACUGUUCAAGAGGUGCCCACAUAUGUCAGUCAGGCCACACCAUAUUUCACUGGUUUGAUAUUAUUGGAGAUUGUGUUGGGAUGGCUAAAGACAGAUGGCCCUCGCAUCAAGAUAAACGACUUCAUCACGUCUUUGUCCGCAGGCAUGAUGUCCCGUCUGCCUCAGCUCAUGAUGAGAAGUUUGGAACUGUCAUCUUAUAUUUAUGUCUGGAACAACUUCCGUUUAUUGGAGCUUCCCUGGGAUUCAGCUUGGACGUGGUGGCUUGCGUUUUUCGGUGUGGACAUGGGAUACUACUGGUUCCAUCGAUUUGCCCACGAGUUUAACAUCCUGUGGGCUGCCCAUCAGGUUCACCACAGUUCUGAAUACUACAAUCUGUCGACAGCACUACGCCAGUCUGUCACAGUGCAGUUUUCCUCAUGGGCGUUUUACCUUCCGUUGGCGCUGGCGGUCCCUCCGUCAGUUUUUGCAGUGCACAUACAGUUGAACCUGCUCUAUCAAUUCUGGAUUCAUACUGAGCUGGUCAAAGAUCUUGGACCUCUAGAGUGGAUCCUAAAUACUCCCAGCCACCACAGAGUUCAUCAUGGGCGAAAUCCAUAUUGCAUCGAUAAGAAUUAUGCAGGAAUUCUGAUUAUAUGGGACAGGAUGUUUGGUACAUUCGCUCCUGAAAGUGAUCAAGUUGUCUAUGGGCUCACAUACCCAAUCAGCACAUUUGAAAUCUGGACUGUUGAGUUCCUUUAUUACCCGUACCUAUGGCAGAGGUUCUGGGAAGCUGAAGGAAUUUCAAAUAAGCUGUCCGUCAUUUUUAAAGGGCCAGGCUGGACUCCAGGAAAACCAAGACUGGGAGACAUUGCUGAUAUACCCCAGAUUACAGGAGAGGAAAUGCCUCACAAUCCAACAUGGUCCCCUGCGAUGCAAGCUUAUGUGCUUGUACAGUUCUUUCUUUUGCUGGAUGUAUAUAACAACUUAUUAAUGGAUCAAAUGAUACUUUCUGAGAUGACUGUGCUGCUUUUGACCGCCUACGUAUUACUUUCUCUAACCUCUUUGGGCUUCCUGAUCGAUCAGAGGGCUAAUGCAGCUGAAAUGGAGAUGUUGAGAUGUGUUUUGAUAAUGGCUCUUCAACGGUUUGGUUACAUUAAGCCUCUGGUGCCUCUGUUGGCUUUUCCGAUUGAAGCCUUUGUCUUAAUCUCUGCAGUCUACUGGAGUCUACAGUGUGUGAACCAGCGAAUCAACAGGAUGAAGAAACAAAACUAGAUAAGACAUUAACUGACAUCAACAGCAAACAACCUCAUUCUGACACAUUACUCACAAACUGUUUACGAUUCAGUGUCCUGCAUCAGUGACGUCUUCCAUACAUUUAACUGUGAGAUCUGUCCUUUUAACUUGCUAACUAAACUAACUUUUCAGCCAUAAUCAAUGCAUGUGGUAGAUUAAAUACAAAAGGUACCUACUAACUGUAUUGUUAUCUGCAUGCAUACUAUUAUUUGAAAUUUAUCAAAUAAUACAAGUACAGUAACUAGUGUAUUUGUGAAUAAUUUUGUAAAAUUAUACACCGAUUUUGUCAUAUUGUACAGAAAAUACCUGACCUCUUACUGACGUACCAACAUGCUUUUAAAUGUACGCAAUUGUGACAAAUAUUCUUUAGCUAUAUAUAUGUGCAUGUAUUAUUUUAGUAAAACUCUGAAUAAACCCCAAAAGACCGGU